AUGGAAGUCUCUUCUGAUUUGGUCGAUUGGGCUCAAUGUGAGCUUUGUAAGAAAUGGAGAAAGUUACCGUUGGGAAUGAACCCUAAUACAUUACCUGAAGAAUGGGUGUGUACAAUGAACACAUGGGAUAAAAUCUAUAAUUCAUGCGAUGUGGCAGAAGAGGUUGUUGGGAUUCCUCCCGAAAAUUUAAAUCUAAGCGUACCUGAUCAAAGUAUUUCGUAUUCUGAUUUUCAGAGUCGUUCACUAAAAGGCCGAAAAAAAAAUUUUAGUAAUUGUUCAAUUAGUAAUUCACUUACUCAGGCCAUUAAUUCCAAACAAAUAAACAAUCAAGGCUUAAAUUUAACUGAGGAUAUCACAAGAAAUUUUAGAGGUAGUGCAAUUUCUGAUAGUUUGCUUAGCAAAUCAUUAAUUGAUAGUUUGAGUGAUUGGUGUGAAGAGCUUAAAAAUGACCAGACUUGCUUAUUGCCGUCUCAUCAUUUAAAAAAAAAUUUUCCUUCAUGUUGGCCUUUAGAAUAUCAAAAUUUGGAUGAUGUUUCUCUUUUCAGAAAUCAAUUUUUUGAGAGUUUUGAAAAGUCAAGAUCUAAAAACUUUUCUAAUAGUUACGAAGUACUUUCAAAUUUAAAAGGUUCUCAGAGUUUUCCAAUAUGUAUUUUAAAAAAUAACAUAUUUAACUCAAAAAACCAUCCACUUCAAGGAAGGUCAAUAAUCACAGGUACAGAAGUCCCAAUUGUUUUCAAAAUGGUUGGCGAAUCUGUUAAUGGGAUAUUUCCAGUUAUUUCAAAUAACCAAUCACUUAAAUACUCUAAUAAUCAAACAAACAAUCCCAUUUCAUUAUCUAAUACCCAAAAGAGUCAAGGUAUCAUAUCAAGCAUUCAUGGAAAUUCUCUAGAAUUGAUUCCUGCAACAAGAUCUGAUUGGGAAUCGCCGUUUAUUGAUCUGUCAAAUUCCUUGUUUAUUUCUAAUAGCGUUGAUUUCAAAUUAAGCAAGUACAACGAAAGUUGGAGUACAUGCAACUUCUCGUACUCUAAAUUGUUCCCUGAAAGAGAUAACCUAUUAUUAAUACCAAAUUAUUUAAGCGAGACAAAUUUUGAUUUAAAAACUAUUAAUUCCAAAAUAAUUACGGAUGAAUUUAGUGAGCAAAUAAACGUUGAUAUUUUGGACUUAUUCCCAGUUUUUUCUUGGUUGGAAAAUCCAAAUAAUUUUAACCAUCCUAUGUAUCGUAAAAUUUCACAAUCGAAUUUAUUGAUUCAAACAAAUAAGAUAUCGAAGAAGUGCAAUAUUAACAAAAACAAUACCCGGAAUAGGAAUAGGCAAUUGGACCCGGACCAACUUGAAAGUAAUCAUAGGUUGAGGAGGUCCUCACGGAACACCAGCAAGGCUCAGAAUUCAGAAAUAGUGAAUUCUGAGAGCAGUUUAUUUUCAAAUAAAGAUGAUUGUAGUAUUUCAAUUGAACCAAGAAAUAACGGCUUUCAACUCAAAGAUGAAUAUAAAAAUAAAGAAUUAGAUUUAUUGAGUACUUCGGGCAAAAUGACAGAAAAGCUGAAUGAGAAUGUUGAUAAGGUUGAUUCAGUUGACUGUAUAUUGAUUGAUUGCUCAAAUGAAGGAAACAAUUUUAACGACUUUUCAAAGGAUUUCAACAGUGACAAUCUAGGUGUUAAGGAAAAUAGUGAAGUGAACCAAUUUGAGUCUAAAGAUUUUUCAGAAAUUGGAGAAAAAGGAUCAAAUCAAGUGGCGGAUAGUAAAGAACUGGAUACUUUAAAUGAAUUUGAUGUUCUGAAUGAAACUAAUCUUGACAAUGAAUCCCGAGAUUUAUCUGGAGAUGGUGGGCUUUUAUUUAUCAACUCGGAAAUUAACUCUGAGAAAUUGGUUGAGGAUGAUGAAUACAUUCUUCCAGCAUUAGGAAGUCAUAAAAGAAAAAGUAAACUUUUAUUAGAUUCUAAUGAACAUUUUGAUUCAAUUAAAACUGAAGAAAUAAAACAUGAGAUAUAUGAAGAAAGGAAUAGAAACAAUAAAAAAAGACUAAGAAAGAGAUCUUUAAUUUCGUCUGAAACAUCUGAAAAAUACAAAAAUAAUACUAAUGAAAUUUUUGAUUCAGAACUAAAACCAACAACAAAUGAAGAAGUUCCAGUUACAUACCCAGAAAUUGAUAAGGAAAAGGUAGAUGGCAAUAUUAAUUCUGAGACUUUGAACGAAAAAAAUCCCUUCCACAUUAUUCCAAGAAAAAAAUCUCUAGAGACAGUUAAUUCUACUUCACUUUCUCCAAAAAGUGACCCUUGGGUUCCUAAAUCUGAUUCAAGUGCUAGUAAGCGUGAUAACCAAUUAGAUGGUAUUUCCCAAUUAAAUACACACAAAAUAAGACACUACAAUUGGCAAGUAGAUCAAAAACGGCAAAGAACAUCUGACCAGCGCAGACCUGCUCAAAAUUCUUCUUGCCACAGAAACUAUUAUUAUCAAAACAAACAUAGGAUACUAACCAGCUAUGAGUCUCAUAAUAAACAUUAUUCAAGGCAUAGAAAUAAUCAUCCAAAUUCAGAUUUUGUUAAUCAUAACCCUAAUAAUUUUUUUAGUGAUUCUCAUUACUAUUCACAAAAUAGUUUGCCUGGUAACCAAUUAAUGCCCCCGACACCUGCAAAUGAAUCUAGCUACAACUAUUCAAGCUUUAAAGGGUAUAUCAACUCAAAGUAUAGUUCUUCUAGCAGUUCGAAUUCAGUGAACUCUAUGACUAGACAUUAUCGUGGGCGUUAG